AUUUUUCCUUCUGAAGGAUUCGCGAUGUCUUCAAAUUUCCUUAGGAAGAAUACAAAAAAGGGUUAGUCAAAUUCCUCGUGGUAAUAUGCUCUGUUUCCGCGAUUUUCAUGGUGAAAAGUAUAAAAAUCUUCAACAAAACCGACAUUUUGGCUCUUGAAAUCCAAGAAAAUCUGCUCCAAGAAAAUAGGGAUGGAAAAAUGGGCGCUUUCAAAAAAGCGGCCAAUUUCACAGAUCCUUCUGAAGGUGGACAGCCAAAAAAAAUCAUUGAGCUUUUUGGUUACAAGAGAAAUGGAACAUUCCUGGAAGCUGGAGGACAUGAUGGCAUUUUCUUCUCCAAUAGCCUUUUACUAGAAGUGGAAUAUGGAUGGACUGGGGUUUUGGUGGAGCCUCAGCCAGGCCUGUUUGAUAGCCUUUUGAAGAAGCACAGGAGAGUUGCUGGCAUCCAAACUUGCAUCAGCACCAAGCCAACCAAGAUGAAAGUGCAACUGGUGAUGAGUGACAGUGAUUCAAGUGCUGAAAGAGGAAGUUCAGCUUUGAAAGGAGGUUCUAUCAAAGUUGAUGGUUACAGUUCCACCGAACUGAGCAUCAACUGUUAUCCUCUCAUCAGCAUUUUGAAGGCCACAGGUUUGACAACAUUGGAUGUCCUGUUUCUGGAUGUCCAAGGCAUUGAAGUAGAUAUACUUAAAACCGUGCCUUGGCAAGAAGUCAACAUCAAGAUGAUUGUUCUUGAGAUUUAUGGUCCGCCAGAUGUCAUUGCAAGAGAGAAGGACGCUGCUAUGGAAGUGCUUGGACCACUUGGAUAUAAAUUUGUGACUCAAGUUGCAAUUGAUUAUAUGUUUUUAAAAUAAGUGUUGAACAACAUGGAAUUUUGCAGUAAAAAAGAAACAGACAGCUUUCAAAGCACUAACUUCUGCAUUGAAGCCGAAAAUUACUGCUUGAAUUAACAAAUAAUACAUGCAAAAUUUACUCCCUCAUCAAGGCGUAAUGUCAAUAUUCCUUUGAGCAUAUAUUUCAUUCCCAAGAUCUGAAUAUUCUCAUGUAGACUAUGGGCCCCAGGAAGCAGGCAUAUUUUGUUCUUUGAUCUAGUCUCUAUUUUGGAAUGUCCACAUGGGGAUUCCAUUUCCCCAAAAACUUCAGCUAGUGGGAAAAUAAUGAAUUAUUUAUCUUGUUUGUCAAAUUUUUCAAAACAGGCCUCCAAAAAUUGAAUAAUUUUUCUCAACUUCAAGAUAUGUACAAACAAUUUUGGGCAGAGUAAUGUCAUACCAAAUAUAUUUGCAUGCAGAAUUCACAGAAGACAUGAGGCGGGCAACCAGUAGGCUUGUAUUGAGAGUUGUGAUGGGAGAAACAUUUCUCUUUUUUGCACCUACUAUUCUUCUGGCUGCAACUCCACCAUGUUUGAAAUUUGUGCACCCUCUUGAAAGCAGCAUGAAGUUGGCAUGCUUAUUGAAUUACUGGUAUUGCAACCUGGCUCAUCCCAAGCAACAACUCUGGAGAACAUCAGCCAAUUGUAACAAGGGGUUUCCAGUAGCUGACAAUUUUGUGUGUGGCAAGUUUUUGUUUGAAUGCUGGUCCUCAAUUGUGACAAUGCCAUGGUAUUUGGGACCAUAAAAAUUUAUACCAGGUGAACGUGAAUUGGAUCAGGUUUAAUUUAAAGUGAUUUUUCAUUGCCACGGCCCAAUUGGCUACUCCCCUUUUUUAAUAAAAGUAUUUGUGUAUUUUGCUCUUCUGCUUCAGCUCCAUGUUGAAGCAAAUAUAUGAUAGGAAUUUUGAAGUACUUCAACCAACUUUGAAAAUAUUUUAUUCCUUCCUGGGACUGCUAUUCAACCUUCCUUCCAUCUUUCACAGCAAACCCACA